GAACUCACCAUCAUGUACACUAAGUUGGUCGUGUGUGUCUUAGUGGCUGUGGUGGCCGCGACGCCCCAGAGGAGGUAUGGGGCGCCCCCACCAUCCUACAACGCUCCCUCAGGUCCUGUAGUCCCCAUCCUGAAGGACGAGCGUCAGGGACCUGAUGAGUUCGGCAACUACAACUUCGAGUUCGAGACUGGUGACGGCAUCAGUCGUCAUGAGCAGGGCGCCCCCCAGGGGGAGACUGGCGCCGUGGCGUCUCAGGGAGGAUGGUCGUUCACCUUCCCCGACGGUACUCCAGGAGUGUUCUCCUUCGUGGCCGACGGUGCAGGUUACCAGGUACAGUCUGACCUGCUGCCCACGCCCCAUCCUCUCCCCGCCCACGCCAUCGCCCAGAUCGAGAAGGCUCGUCUGGAAGACGCCGCUGGUAACCGGUACUCCGCCCCCUCAGCUCCCCGUCCCUCUACCCCCAGCAGGAGCUACGGCCGGCGGUAGACCAUGUCUGAGUCAUACUGACCUUCCUCACCCACCAGUAACAUAACGCACUGGUCUUGGUGACGCUGCGUGACGCAAUGUGACGUUGUUUAAUUCUUGGACGUAUUCGUCUCGUCUUUCGUUAACUUACUGAUGUUUUGUUUUGUGAUGAACACUAAAAACGUACGACUGUAAAUAUUUUGUAUUUAAUGACUAAAAAAGAAGCAAUAUA